AUGCAUUGUUGGGUGGAGUCGCGGGGAUGCGUGGCUUCUAUUGUGAACGCCGAAGCGGAGAUCGUUUCCUUCCCGAAGGAGCGGAAUAAGGCUGUCCCAUGGCUCGACAGGUACACCUGCUUAUACGAGAAGUCUACCAAGAGUUCUCGAACAAAAAUCGAACACGCCAAGAACGGGCCAAGAACAAGCAAACCAAACUCCUACUUCACACCCGGCGCAACAAAAGCCGAAGUCUACGAACAACUCCUCCUCUCAACAGAAGGUCUCCUCUCCGGCCAACGCAACUGGGUCAGCGCACGCUCCACCAAAAAAAACACCGCCGAUCCUAACACAAAUCUUCCAGUAACCUAUCCAACGUCGCCUCCCUCCUCUGGCACGCCUACGCGACCCUACCCUCCCCCCUCUUCCUCCGUAAACUGGGCGGGCUUCUACAUCCGCGAUGACAAAUUCCCCGUCCUCGCCUCGCCCGUCUCUUCCCCGCCGCUGCCCGGAGCGCCAGGCGCUGGCGGCGUAAUCAUCUCGACGACGUACGCGUCUUCGGAGAAUCAGUUGCUGCUUCUGGGGCCAUUCCAGGGGAAACCGGCUUGUCAGGAGAUUCGGUUUGGGAAGGGGGUUUGUGGGACUGCGGCGGCGAAGGGGGAGACAGUGCUGGUGGAUGAUGUAGAGAAGUUUCCCGGUCAUAUUGCUUGUGAUGCGGAGAGUAAGAGUGAGAUUGUUGUGCCGAUUUUGACUGUUGCCAUUAUUGACGUCGAUUGCGCUGAGACUAGUGGGUUUGAUGAGGAGGAUAAGAAGUACCUUGAGAAGUUGGCUGGACUUUUGGCGGAGAGUUGUGAUUGGUGA